ACUGUAAUUUCCCAAAAGAAAAAAAGCUGGUGCCUUUACUUCUUCCAUACAAAAACCCUAAAACUAGGGUUUUUCCCGCCUUCUUCUUCCUCCCAUUUCGCUGCACCAGCGAGAGGAGCACUAAAACUAGGGUUUAUCUUUUGUAGUUCCGGCGAACAAAGCUGAAAAGUUGAGAUUAACGGAGAAACAAUGGUGUCUGCAAAGAAUUUGCUAUCAUUAAUCGAAUCUACCUUAUUGGGACCCACCUCUCCUACGCCAUCGCAGCGGAUUGAGCUGCUUCACGCCAUUCGGCACUCGCUUCCCACUCUCCAAAACCUCCUUUCCUAUCCGCCCCCCAAAACCUCGGACCGAGUUCAAGUCCAGUCCAAAGAAGUGAGGCUUCCGGAUUCUGGGCCAAUCUCACUGGAUGAUCAGGAUGUUCAAAUUGCCCUGAAGUUGAGUGAUGAUCUACAUCUUAAUGAAAUAGACUCUGUUCGGUUGCUUGUUUCUGCCAACCAAGAGUGGGGAUUAUUGGGACGUGAGCCAUUAGAGAUAUUCCGCCUUGCAGCUGGACUGUGGUAUACAGAGAGAAGAGAUCUUAUAACAGCACUUUACACACUGUUGAGGGCUGUUGUCCUUGACCAAGGACUUGAACCUGAUCUUGUGGCUGAUGUUCAGAGAUUUUUGGACGAUCUCAUUAAUGCUGGAGUUAGAAAGCGGUUGAUUUCUCUCAUAAAGGAACUCAAUCGCGAGGAACCAGCCGGUUUAGGGGGGCCUAACUGUGAACGCUAUAUUCUAGAUUCAAGAGGAGCAUUGGUGGAAAGGAGGGCUGUUGUUUCCAGGGAAAGGCUCAUUCUGGCUCAUUGCCUUGUCCUUUCUGUUUUGGUUGUCCGUGCAAGCCCUAAAGAUGUGAAGGAUGUCUUUUCUGCUCUAAAGGACAGUGCAGCAGGGCUUAGUGGUGGCACUGACACUUUAAGGCAUCAGAUAACAUAUAGUCUUCUCUUCUCUCUUGUGGUGGCCCUCAUAUCUGAUGCGUUGAGUGCAGUACCUGAUAAAACACCUGUCUUGUCUCGUGAUGCUUCCUUUAGGCAUGAAUUCCAGGAAUCUGUAAUGGUCGCCGGGAAUGAUCCUGUUGUUGAGGGCUAUGUUGAUUGCUUAAGGAGUUCGUGGGUUGUACAUCUAAUGUUAAUACAUGACGGGCUUGAUGCAAAAGACACAGCAGCAAAUGCUUCAUCAAAUAAUGAUAUAAGGAACAUCUAUUCAUGCUUGGAAGUUAUAUUCUCCAACAAUGUCUUCCAGUCCUGGCUGAAUAAGAUCCUCCUAACUCCUGCCUAUCAGAAUGACGAUGAGGAUAUGAUCUACAUGUACAAUGCUUAUUUGCACAAGAUGAUAACUUGCCUUUUGUCUCAUCCACUGGCCAAGGACAAGGUUAAAGAAGCAAAAGAGAAGGCUAUGUCGGCACUUAGUCCGUACCGCUUGUCUACUUCACAUGAUUAUACUGUGGAUGGAAUUGGACAUUUUCAAAAUGCCACUGAAUCAGCGCCACAAACUUUUGUCUCUCUCUUGGAGUUUGUGAGUGAAAUUUAUCAGGUUAGUGCCAUUUGCUGUUUCUUUUGUCCUGGGUGUUGACAUGUGAUUUUUGUC